AUGGCAUCCAUUGACGCUUCCUCGGCAGACCAGCCGCGUCACCAACUACCCUUUCCGUUCUCGAAUCAGGACGACUCGACUCCGCCUCCGCUUCUCCUCACCCAAGGCGCCGAAGCUCUGGUCUAUCGCACAACCUUCCUCACACCUUCAACAGCUUGUGCACUCAAAUAUCGACCGGCGAAGCCAUGGAGACAUCGUACUCUGGACAUGCGAUUGACUCGUCAACGUAUCCUUGCCGAAGCUAGGGUGCUGACCCGCUGUCGACGCGAGGGUGUCACAGUACCUGCUGUAUUAGGACUUGACUGGGAGCGCGGUUGGCUGGCUCAAGAGUGGAUCUAUGGCAACACUGUCCGCAGAGUCCUGGACUGGGUGCACAGAGAGAGUGGUCUGUCGAGCAGUGAGAAAGAGCAUCAAGUACACCAGCUCUUGCAAAGAAUCGGCAGCGCCCUUGGCCGUCUCCACGAAAGAGGCCUGGUCCAUGGCGACCUGACCACUAGCAACUUGAUGCUGCGACCCGCCGAGAGCGACAUCACUGAAGAGGACAAGCAAGUCGGAAAAGCCGUUCGCAUCGCCAAUACGGAUGGAGAAGUCGUCCUUAUCGACUUUGGUCUUGCACAGCAGACGGUACAAGAGGAGGACAAGGCGGUUGAUCUAUACGUGCUUGAACGAGCUUUCGCUUCGACACAUCCCGAAGUAGAGCACGAGUUUGGUCAUCUGCUGCAAGCCUACGGUGAGAGUCACAAGGGCGCCAAAACGGUGCUCAAGAGACUGGAAGAUGUGCGCAUGAGAGGAAGAAAGAAGAGCAUGCUGGGUUGA